CUCUCCCAGUCCGCCCCUCCCGCCUCGUUCUCUCCGCCAUCGUCGCCGCCGCCUCCAUUCCUCCACCAGUCCACCAUCGCCACCUACGCCCAACCAAACCCAACUCCAUCUCUUCCGACUAUAAACGCAACCCACCACCGCUGCCGCGAACCUCUGCGCUCCGAAUACCCCAGACCCCCGAUCCUCCCAAUGGCCACCGCAUUUUCGCUGCGCGCUGCGGCCCCGGCCACCGCUCCCCGCGCCGUCUCCCGAUCCACCUCCGCGGCGAGGGUCGUGCCCAUGGCAUCGGCACUGGCGGGACGCGGAAGGCUGGUGGCGCGUGCAGCAGUUACAGCAAAGGCGGAUGUGCCAUCGAGCACGUCCGACGGCCAUGAGGUCUUGCUGUUUGAAGCUCUUCGUGAGGCCUUGAUGGAAGAGAUGGAAUUAGAUCCAACAGUGUGUGUGUUUGGUGAAGAUGUUGGCCAUUACGGUGGUUCUUACAAGGUGACAAAAGGUUUGGCUGAUACGUUUGGUGACCUUCGAGUUCUGGACACCCCUAUUGCGGAGAACUCGUUUACUGGCAUGGGAGUUGGAGCGGGAAUGAAAGGGCUGAGGCCCGUCGUUGAAGGCAUGAACAUGGGAUUCCUGCUCCUUGCUUACAACCAGAUCUCAAAUAACUGUGGCAUGCUUCAUUACACUUCCGGCGGCCAGUUCAAAAUCCCACUUGUGAUCCGUGGCCCCGGUGGUGUGGGUCGUCAGCUUGGAGCAGAGCACUCGCAGCGCCUGGAAUCGUAUUUCCAGUCCAUCCCAGGCCUGCAGAUGGUCGCCUGCUCGACUCCUUACAACGCUAAGGGCCUGAUGAAAGCUGCCAUCAGGAGCGAGAACCCUGUGGUGCUGUUUGAGCACGUCCUUCUGUACAACCUGAAGGAGAAAAUCCCGGACGAGGAGUACGUGCUCUGCUUGGAGGAGGCCGAGAUGGUGCGGCCUGGGGAGCACGUGACUAUACUCACAUACUCGCGCAUGAGGUACCACGUGAUGCAGGCAGCGAAGACGCUGGUGAACAAAGGGUACGAUCCCGAGGUCAUCGACAUCAGGUCGUUGAAGCCGUUUGAUCUGCACACUAUUGGCAACUCCAUCAAGAAGACCCACCGCGUGCUGAUCGUGGAGGAGUGCAUGCGCACGGGUGGGAUCGGCGCCAGCCUUAGGUCGGCCAUCGUCGACAAUUUCUGGGACUACCUUGACGCCCCCAUCAUGUGCCUGUCAUCUCAGGAUGUGCCUACGCCAUAUGCUGCGACUCUGGAGGAUGCAACCGUUGUGCAGCCUGCCCAGAUCGUGGCUGCGGUGGAACAACUAUGUGCAUAGAUUGUGGCCUGGGACGUUUGGGAGACUGUUGUUGCCAUGAAAAAGCCUUCCGUUUGUUAGUUUUGUGCUGUAACAAGCAUUCUUUGGAGACUUAAGGUGUAGGCUUAUAGUCGUUUUGUUCUUGUUUUAAGAAGUAUAAUCCAGCUUCGUAGCUGCACGGACUCGAUCUUCUUGUUCCUAAAUCUGCGCUAUGCAAUGCCGAAUUUGAUGGUUCGAACAUUUCAUUGUUGACAGAAAUAAUCAUUGUACUCCGAUGCCAUGAACCUGUAGCCUCCAGCUGCACUGGUCAGUGAAACACCCAUGAAC